AUGGAAAGCACGGCGGACGUUCAGCCUUCCGAAUCGCGCCUCUCCAAUAUCGUCCAGCUCCUGCAGAUCGUCGGACCGAGCUCUGAAUCCCAUCGAUGCGUGGCCCAUGUGGACACCAGCAAAGUUCGCUGCAUGAACAUUGUCGACUCUUCUGAACUUACGGAUGCAUACGCCGCCUUACGGCAGCUCUGCGCUCCCGCACCUACACCCACCACGCCACUCAAAAUCCGCAAGCAGCUGAAGACCAUCGCUACCAACCUCAUUUGCCAUGAUCCGAAGCACCAACGACAAGCCUGGCAGAUCGCUCACCGCUGGAGGGAGGCCUUGACUAGUCACACAAAUGGAGAGACCUGCUCACCCUGUCCGCACGUCUUCCUUGAUACGAGACCGAUCCAAGAAGAGUGGCCUCCGAGACUGUGGAAGAAUUUGGCCAUGCUGGUAAUAUUUGCUUGGCUUUACGGAUUUUCAGGUUGGGAGAUGGUUGCAGGGCUCAUGGCGUUGAUGGCUAUCGGGGCCGGCGGGAUAUGGGUCAUGGAUGCUGUUGAGUUGGGCGAGUGGGAGGACUGGUUUGGCGAACCUGGGCCUUGUCUUGGCCUGUUCUAA